GUUAUAUAUUCAUAUAAAUUUUUAAAGUUGAGUGUUUGAGAUGAAGUAGUAUUUCAGGAUUAAGCGUUUGAGGACAAAAUAGUUUUAAAAUUAAUAAUGUAUCAGAAAGUGAUCUUGUGAUGGUAAGAAUAAAACACAGAAAAAAAUGACUAUAGAUCGGUAAACAAAUCAUUCAAACCACCCAAAAAUAACAUAUCAUUUGUUGCAUGAGAAGGUAUCCACGUACCAAAAGAACAUGUGUGGGACAGUGGGAGUUCAUUAACCGUGGAUGGUAUGUUUGCCUAUCUAUAAACAAUAACGUCAAAAGUGCUAACGCAAAAACGUAUAUAAUUUUAAAUAAAAUCUAAAAAAAAUUCAUAAAACUUUUUUAUUGAAAUGGUAAACGCGUCUAAAAAACUAAUUAGCUAACACGUACUCUUUAGAUGUUCCAUAUAAUCGAAUGGGGCUAAUUAGUUUGAGUCAAAUGAGAUUCUUACCCACUACAACCAUAAUUAUAUGAUUUAAGUUGAAUUAGUCGUUUAUCCGUAGAGCCACGCCGCUUCAUUUCCAUGAAUAAUGUAAGUAAUUUAUUAUAGACUAUAGUUUAUUUAGGUCACUCUGAUAAUAUUUCGUAUUUAUCACCACUAGUAAAAUGUGUUUAUUCAUCAUCCCUCACUCAAUUCUGAGAUAAUCUCGUCAUAAAAUAUUGACAUAACAGAGUCAGUUCUGACAUAUACCCGAAUAAAGGUAGUUUGAUCCAAAUGAAUAAACCUAAAACAUGUAACUAGUAUUUUUAGAAAUCCUUUUUUCAAAAAAAAAUACACUAGUAUUUUUCAUUUUUUGGAUUGGACAUAGACCACUCUACUGACCAAUUGAUUUGGAGUUGACGCUCUUCACAUUGUGUCAAUGACAUUUUGCUUUGGGUACUUGGGGGUAAAUGUAGGUUUGAUCAGUAUACCAAUAAGAAAAUCGUAUUUUCUACUAUAUUUUAUCGCACGUAAGAGUUAUUAUUUUUUUGUUUUACCUUAAUGCUUUGUAACUCUAAAAGCUAAAUGUUAUUGUUUCUUCCUAAACAUCUAGAUCCUUGACCAAACAUUUUAUUUGACUGAAAGGUUUACUAAUGAGGUACGUAGAUGGGGUAAUAUUCUCAACAGAAAUUUAAAGAUGACGACAUAUGUGAUUCUAUACAAUCUCUCAAGUGUUCAAAGAAAAAAAACAACCUCUCACAUCUAAAAGGGAGAAAAGGAAAGAGAUAGGAAAAGAGGAAGAUAAUAGUAUAAAGUUUAUUAACACAUGCAAGGAACUAAAUGGAAGUAAAAGGCAGUUGAACAAAAAAUUAGGUGAACUUAGUUGGCCCCAAUUCCCCUUUUACUCUUACUUCUUCUUUAGAAUCGAACCUUACGCACCUAUACAUAUAGUGAGGAAGAAAAAGACUUAUAGUACAAGAUGGAAAGACAAGACAUAAUUCCUCAUACGUUAAGCCUAGAUGUCGAAAACAACAACAACACCUUCUCUUCUUUUGUUGAUGAAACCCUAAUGAUGAUGCCUCCGUUAGCACUUCCUGGCCAAGUAGAGCCUUCUUCAUCUUCUUGGUGUCCAACGAGUUUUCAUAUGCCUACGCAGCCCCAUGAGAAUGAUCAAAUCGGAGAUCAUGGGAAGAAGAAAGAUAAGAGAUCGAGGAAAGUUCCAAGGAUUGAGUUUCAUACGAGGAGUGAUGAUGAUGUUCUUGAUGACGGUUAUCGUUGGAGAAAGUAUGGCCAGAAAUCUGUCAAGAACAAUGGUCAUCCAAGGAGCUAUUACAGAUGUACGUACCACACAUGCAACGUGAAGAAACAAGUGCAAAGAUUAGCAAAAGAUCCGAAAAUCAUCGUAACGACUUAUGAAGGCAUUCAUAACCAUCCUUGUGAGAAACUCAUGGAGACUCUUAAUCCUCUCCUCAGACAGCUCCAGUUCCUCUCCAGUUUUUUGUAAUCUUUGAGUAAUUAUAUAUGUCAAUUUAAUACUUCAGUUGUAAUUAAUGUAAAGCUGAUUAUGGUUCUAAUCACACCCGCUACCCAACAUCUCCCAGAGAGAAAAGGGUAUAGAACAAAACAAAAAUGUAACAGUUAUGAUUGAUUGUUUUGUUCAGAUCUAUUGAUUUA